AUGGCCAAGCACUGGGACUGCGGCUGGGCCUUGGACGAGAGCUCUCCCUCUUGGCCGACGGUGUGCGCCCUUCACCGCACGGUCAUCCGGGCUCCAGAGACCACGGAGCCUCCGGGCGCACGUAACAAGCAAGCCUUCGAGCUGAACGGUGGAACGGGGACUCAUGUGGAUGCUCCGUCCCACUUCAUUGCAGGGGGACGCAAUAUUGACCAGCUGCACUUGAGCGAGCUCGUGGACAUCCCGUUGGCCGUUGUCGACGUCUCCGCAGCUUGCAAAGAGAAUCCCGAUCACCAGGCAACGCGCGACGAGUUCAUAGCGGACGAGGAGCGUCAUGGCGGCAUCCUUCCAGGAAGUCUCGUUUGCGUGCGAACCGGCUGGUCAGCACGCCACAGAGAGGCGGAGCAGAUGCUGCGGGCUGGCACUCCUGGACCUUGGACCCCAUACCACGGCAAAGGGCCGGAGGAGGACGUACAUCCUGACUACAAGCUGCCGCGCAUGCACUUCCCCGGCGUUGCCGCUGCUGCUGCCGAGUGGCUGGUGCAAAGCAGGCAGAUGGUGGGCCUGGGCGUGGACACGCUGUCACCAGACGCGGGAGCCAGCGAAGGCUUCAAAACUCACCACGCGGUCUUGGGAGCAGACCGGUAUAUUGUGGAGAACUUGAACUUGGAGGGCCUGCCAGCACGUGGUGCCCGGGUCACCGUGGCCCCCGUGGCACUCCGGGGUGCACCUGAGGCGCCCGCACGGGUCUUUGCCACCCUCGCGUGA